CGCAGCCCGGCCACGCGGCCUCACACACCACAACAAGUGUUGUACUCCGAUCCAGACCACGCUCCCCGCGUACAGUCGCGGAUAGUGCUUUUUAAUACAAAUUUGAGCUUAAGUAAAGUGAUAAGUAAUAAUUUUUUAACAAUGUUGUGUUUUGGUGAUAUCGUUUUAAUUCCUGAUUAAGAGGCGUGCUGAUAAGUGAUAUUCAGUAGUGUGAUGAUGUGAUUGUGAUAGUGGAGCUGUGAGACUGUAUCAAAAAGCGCCACCAUGCUGCCGACAAACGUGAUGUCCUUUAUGAAGAAGAUGGUGGCGACGGAGGAGAGUCCGAAUGCAGUGUCUGGUCAGAUCGAGACGCCGGGCACGUUUGGAAAACUUCGACAGACACUCUCCUCAUCACUCCUUACUGCUCAAGACAAAGUUACAAAAUUGGGUCCAAGACCAAACGAGCCAGUAGUGGAACCCACUCCUGCACCGGCGCCGGCGCAACCACCUCCUGCUGCGACGACACAACCGGCUAAGACUGAACGCGAGGCGGGCAAAGCGCCGUCACGCGCAGGGGCCUGUCGUGUUUGCCUGAAGGCUCUCAAACCCGGCGAGGUGUUCCACAUUUGCAACGGCUGCCAGCAUCGCGUGUGCGAAGACUGCUCGUCAUAUUCCAAACCUGCUAGUGAUGAAGAAGCGAACUCGUGGCGAUGUUCGGUGUGCCGUCGUAAAGCGGGCCCACGGCUGCCACCCGCUGCUCAAGAUAGCACGGAUUCCCUGUUGGAGGUGCCGGUGUUGGAGGCACUGCAACGUCGCCACUCGGAAGCCAGGCUCGGCAGCGGUGGCUCGGGAGCUGGUCUCGCACCACCUCGCUCGCCUGAGUUGCGCCGACACUCCGACGUAUCCCCGGCCUCGCUUAAAGAACUGGAAAAGUUAAAGGGCGGCGGCAGCACGACGCCGUCAGUGGAGUCGCGGCGGCCAAGUACAGUGACGCCUGCGCGCCGCCGGUCAGUCCGUGCGCCGCGCCAGCGCUCUUGUGACGAGGACCAGCAGCAACACUCGCCAGCACACCAGCCUGCCCUCGCCGCGCCGCCGCCCAUCUCGAGGAGAGCGUCGGCUGUGGACGUGGUGGCGGGGGCGGGGUCUAGACGCAGCUCGUACCGUCCGCCCACGGAGGACGCCGACUCCACUCCGCAGAUAGCAGGGCUCAGCGUCGACGAGGACAGACCCAUCAGGCGUCGGGGCAGCCAGCUGCCAGACAUAGCCGCGUUACAACAGCGCACGGGUGCGCUGAGCGCCAUGGCCUCCCUCUCUUCACGCGCAGUGGACCUCACGUCUGAGACAUCAAGCGUCCCGUCAGCCGCCGCUAUUGCCGCUGCAAGACAAAUGUCCGUGGACGCGGAAGCGAUCAAAAUUGUUAUACAUGAUGUCGAUGACCGUACGCCGCGCCGCGUCUCGCUGCGACGCGAUCCUAAUGAUAAGGGACAUCGGUCACGUGGGUUCGGCAUGCGGGUGGUGGGCGGUAAACCGGACGCGAGCGGCCGGCGCGAGGCCGUCAUAGUGUGGACCGUACCCGGCGGGCCCGCAGACCUCGCCGGCCUACAGCAGGGAGAUAAAGUUCUAGAAUGGGGCGGCGUGCCGCUGACGGAACGCAGCUUCGAAGAAGUGUGUGCGGUGCUGGAGCGCGGCGGGGACAGUGUCGAGCUGCUGGUGGAGCCCGCGCCUCAGCUCGACGACACCCCACCGCAGCCCGCGCAUCACCACCACCACGCGCUAUACGAACCGGACACCGACAAAUCACCGUCAUCGCCGACGCGGCGGAAAUUGCCGAAAACCCCGGAACAAGACCGCGCAGAGCGUAUGCGAGAGCGCCAGCCAGCGCGCGCGCAACUGCAAGUAUGGUUCGAGAGCGAACUGCGCAAACUUGUGGUCGUCCUGAUUGCCGCAGAUGAUCUUCCACCGCGCGACCACACCUUGGGCUACGGCGACGAACCUGAAGCGUUUGCAAGAAUACGCCUCCUACCUUCUCUUGAAAGUUGCCCUCCAGUGGAAACCGAUCCAGCUUCUGCAUCAUGCAGUCCAGUGUGGAAUGCUACGCUAGGCUUCGGCGGACUAACUGCGGAUCUAUUGGCAGGACGAGCCCUCGAACUGACUCUAUGGGACGCUUGUCCUGGUAUUGAUCCAGUGCUGAUCGGGGAAUGCACGAUGGAACUAGAGAAAGCGUUUGCAGAAGAGCGCGCAGUGUGGUGGACGCUAGAAGAGCGCGGCACUCGGUCGGCUAACGCUUCGCCCCGCGGCUCUCUCACGGGAGCGCGCGCGCUGCGCCGCGGAGACUUCGCUUCACAACGCUCCGUAUCCGAUGACGUAGAUUCAAUUGGCGAGUGCGCUUCUCUCCUACACCCCGACCAUGCGUGGGUGGCGGGCUCGCGCCGCGGCUCCUCGCAGUCCGAGACGCUGGAGGUGGAGGUGUACCAGCUCGGCAAGGACUUCUCACGCUCUCUGCCUGGAUCCCGCCGAUCUUCAUUUCAACAACAAGAGAAGGGUACAUCAUUUUAAAGCAAUGUGGGCGGCGCGCGGCGCAGCGAGAGGCGCCGCUCGUCGUGCGUGCGCCGCGACCCCGACGACAUCCUGCGCUCGCUGCGCGCCGUCAAGGGAGAGCUCGGCCGCACGCUCUCGCUCUCCGGCUCCACCGCCAGGCGUAAGUGUCGGCACUCAUCACUCACUGACACCGUUACAUCUCAUAACUAUACAUAUGAUGAGAGGUACCGCCGUCCUGUGCAUGUCCGUGGAUAUGACAGGACGGUGGCGAACGGGUGGUGGUGUGUAUCGGGUGCGGGGUGCGCAGGUACGGCGACGGGUCGUAAGGGCAGCAUGUGGGCGGCGGUGCCGGCGGCGGCGGCGUGUGACGCGCUCGCCGGCGACGAGGACGCCGUGCCGCUCGGCCCCGGUCAGCUGCCACCGCGCAAUGCACAUCUACCACCGCUGCACGCCGAAAUCAACAUCAGCAUUAUCAUGAUCAAGGGACAGCUCGAGCUAGAGGUAUCGCACGCCCGUAGAGUGUACGGCGUAAAUGGCGAAGUACCUGACUCGUACGUGAAGUGCUACCUGCGUGACGGUGAUAAGUGGCUGCACAAGAGGAAGACGCGAGUCAUCCGCCGCACCACGGAGCCUCACUUCAAACAAACGCUCAAAUAUCAGGCAAGUGAGGCUCUCGGUCGCACGUUGGUAGUGAUGCUGUGGCAGCGUUGCGGCGGGUUCGAGCACAACCUGGCGCUGGGCGGCGCCGAGAUCUGCCUCGACAAGCUGACGCUGCCGCAGCGCACGUACGGCUGGUACCCGCUGUUCCCCGCCACCUCGCUCGCCGCCGACGAGUCGCCCGACUGAUCCAGAGAGCCGUCGCCGGAGCGCCGCGACAACUAGCGCACCCACGACGGCUAUGCUGAGCUUAUGCCAACACAAGCAUCGAUCAUUUGACAAUCUUUAACAGCAUUCUAUGGGACAAACUCCCACCGAGUAGAUAUUUUAAUUAUUUAAAAUACAAUUAUUACGGUUUUUACUAAUGGAUAAAGUUAUUAUACCGAACAUAUACUCUCAGUUUAAGGCUUCUUUUAAAACAAAAAUAAUUUGAGACUCCAUGAAAUCUUAUUUCUAUUAAAUAAACCCUAAGUUACUAACCAAAUCUAAGUAAAGUUUUAGUAAAUCAACAUUCUAAAUGCAUUGUCACACGAUCGAUGUCCCAACGCCGAGCAGCUUCCCGCGCCGACCACAAUGCUCUGCCCAUACGGACCCACGUACCGUUACGUUAUUGUAAAUAUGAUUUUAGUUCCAGCACAAAUAACAACGUGUAGGUACAUGCAAACGAAUGGUCGUGGAAAUAAAAAAUCUAUUAAGAACUUCCACCUUCUUACUGCCUGGGAUGAAUAUCCCAUACCUCUAAUUAAAUAUGUGUUGUUACAAUAAAAAUAUUUCCACGACUGUAACAAAUCAUGAAUCGUGCCCCGGUACCAAUGAAUCUAAAUUAACUUACGUUCUUAUGAGAUUACGGGGUGUACCGCUGGCAACAUAGAAAGUAAUAAGUUAUUAAAAGAGGAGCUUAAUUUAGAAAAAUGCUUCUUAAUUAUAAACUAUUCUCCAAACUGUCCUUGUCCAGACUCUACAAAAUACUCAUUCACAAUAUAGAAAUAAAUUCACAAUUCGAUAUUUCAUCUGUACUGCUCAAACCAUCUUUAUAUGUGUAUUGAUAUAUAACUUACGUGUAGCGUGAAACGUAGCAUCUAUGAAACAUAUUACAUUAUCCAUACCUACAUAAACUUGUAUAAUAACAUCAAUCGUUAGACUUUUAUCUUAACAAUUUUAGAAUACGACGUACAACUAAUUAAAUCAUUUUACCCUGAGUACAACAAAAUAUAUCUACAUCCAACUAAUUCAUAAUCAACGUAAUAGAUAAAUAAUUAAUUAUAUUUUUUUGAAACAUGGCAAUGAAUAUACUCUACAAAAUAAAAGUGAUCGUUAAUAUUGUGUAUCUUGAUGUGAGCUAUCUAUUUACACGAACCCUUAAGUAUAGUGAAUAAUAUCGUCAUCAUAAUAACCCCACUUCUACACUUUGCCUUAUAUGAUUAAAUACAUUUCUAAAGUUAUUCUAGUGAGUAAGCGCGUCUAGAUACUAUUCUUCCAAGGUUGUGCUUUAGUGAAAUUUCAAAGUAUACCUACUGUAUUUGAUUUAUAGCAUUGCUAUUCCUUGUUUGUAUCAAUGUUCUAUACGUGUAAUUCUACAACUGUAAAUACGAAGAUGUUGUUUUCAAAAUUUUCUACGCACAACAUUCUCGUGAUAGUUUAAUCUUUUAUAGUGUCUAGAAUCGAAGAAACGUAAACAAUUCUGACAAAUACUUUAAAGUUUUCAACAAACUUUCCCAAGUAGUUAAUAAGUAAAUAUUCAUCACCUAGAUGUCAUAGAGGUCAUAUUGUCAUGUAUUUAGGAGCUGAGCUGGCUGGCGGCAGCGGCUCGUCGUGAUCUUGAUGUAUCGUGUAAUGUUACUGUAGGUAACCACUACUCCCAAGUAGGGCCGAGGGCCGCACUACUUGUACAACCGGCCUAGCUCAUUAGCUACCCACCAUUCUUUACGUAGAAUAUAUAUAUGUAUAUGUGGAAAAAGAUAUCUCAAUCGUCGGUGUUAGAAAAAUCUACAUAUCCUAUACAAGGAACAAAUGUCUUAUCAAAAUCUGUGUUCUUCCAGUGGCGUGACUGGUGACAGCUUAGAGCUUCUCGUGGCUCACCCUGACAAUAUCUAUCGCUUAUUGACGUACGCUUGUGGUGCAUGCGGGCGCAGAGCUUGCGCUGUCGUGACUCGUGAGUGGCGACUGGUGACUAGCUCCAGCUCCACCUCGCACUCCGUCACGCAGCGGCUUAUUUAUUUAUUUUACCAUAAUGGUUGUACAUUUCCCAAGAGAGAGAUAAAAAUAUUUAUUAUACCUAAUUACCUAAUUGUUCUCGUUAGAUUAAUUAAAUAUAAACUCUCGAUUCAAAUGCCUAAAGUAUAUAUCAGGUGUUGAGUAUAUUUUUACACUAUAAUUUUGUAUUCGGUUAAGUUGUGAAAAAUAUACAUAAAUAUUUAUAAAAAUGAUAUAGAUGAUUACUAGAGUAUUUAAAGAAAACGAUAUUGUAUCAAUUCUAACAUAAUGUUGGAAUCGAUCAAAACUAACUUACGCUUAUUAUCUUGAUAUAUUAGAAUAAUACCAGAUUAAUAAUACUUUUACGUAAGUGAAAAGUGUAAAACUAUAAACAUAAUCUAGUUAUUAUGAUGUGCCUCUAAAUCGACGGGUCCGAUACCACUCGGCCACUUCACUCGACGCUGCGACACAUAUCGGAAGCUCACUAUACUAUACACACCGCACACCGCGAGCACGCCGCGAGCACGCCGCGAGCACACUCGUGCGUCGCGCGAGGCGUGACUCGAACCCGUGAGGAAUUGCACGCAGGCCCGCGUAUCUGUCUCUACUGCAUACUACUUUCCACUCUAGCGCGAAUGGUGAAUCAAUGUGAUACGGUAUCGGCUAUCAUGUAAUUGUAUUGACUUUCAUACUUUAGUAGUAUAUUAUAAUAUAUAUUAUAUUGUUUCUUCCUAGAUACAUUUCGACUCUUCUGUUCUUUGAUCAACAUUAGGCAGUUUAUAAAGGACCUAACUUCCUAUAAGCACUAUUUCAUCAGAUCAUUACAAACUUGUGUCUAUCUGUGAAGGAAUGCUCAGUGUACGAAACAUCCAAAUAAAUUGAUUCCAAUGUUGGUCAUAGCACGGAAUGUAACUACAAGUCCCAGUACGUAAGAAAUACAUAUGUGUGUCAAAAUAUAUUAUUAAAUAAAUGUGAUAAAAAUGAGUUUAUUAUAGCGAUAUAAACAACA